AGUGCUGCUGGAGGAGAGUCGCACUAACCGCAGCUGGAAACAGCUGCCCCCGCCCCGCGCCCCUAUCCAGACUCCGGCAAACCGCUCCCACUUCGCGCCUCUCAGAAUUCCAGAACUCGGGCGGCCGGCCCCUGGAGAACCGCAGCCGGUGCAAUGCAUUCCGUAGACCUCACCAAGCCGGGACGGACCUCCUAAUCUCCAGAACUGCGGGCCGCAGGGAGUUAAAUUGCUGCCUUCCUCUCCUUCUCUCUUGCGGUUGGUGGCUUGUUUUCUAAAGGAACGUUUUAUCCACUUUUUAGUAUUUUCUACCGGGGGCACCGUACCCUCCUCGGUCCAGACGCUGCUUUGUAAACGCGUUUUCUAUGUAUGUAUGUGUAGAUAUACUUUGGACACCGUACGACGCUUGCGCCUCUCCAACAGGGGCACGGCUUGUGAUUUCGGACAUCCUUUAGCCCCUUCCAUUUGGCACCCUGAACGCAGUGUGACCAAACUCACUACUACCCCUUGGAAGUGGAUCGCCUUGGGGUGCAAGUUUGGGGUGCACACCUACUUCGCAGGAGGGCCUGGGACCGCCCCGCCCCCGCCGCCAGCGGUUGGGGAAGUUUACAUCUGGAUCUUCACACAUUUUGUUGCCACUGCCCAGACUCUGACUAACCUUGUGGACGCAGGGUUUUCUGUACUGCAGCCUCCUCAAAUAUUAGCACUGCCUCCCCGCUCCUGCCCUAUCCCUCCUUGCCGCCGAGGUCCUGCCCUCGACCCGGCGGAGCGCGAUUCGGAGGGCGCCGUGGAGCCUAGGGCCCGGGGCCCGCGCUGAGCUGCUAUGGCUGCGGCGAUAGCCAGUUCCUUGAUCCGGCAGAAGCGGCAGGCGAGGGAGUCGAACAGCGACCGGGUGUCGGCCUCCAAGCGCCGUUCCAGCCCCAGCAAAGACGGGCGCUCCCUGUGCGAGAGGCACGUCCUCGGGGUGUUCAGCAAAGUGCGCUUCUGCAGCGGCCGCAAGAGGCCCGUGAGGCGGAGACCAGAACCCCAGCUGAAAGGAAUUGUGACAAGGUUAUUCAGCCAGCAGGGAUAUUUCCUGCAGAUGCACCCAGAUGGUACUAUUGACGGGACCAAGGACGAAAACAGUGACUACACCCUCUUCAAUCUAAUUCCUGUGGGCCUGCGCGUGGUGGCCAUCCAAGGGGUGAAAGCCAGCCUCUAUGUGGCCAUGAAUGGCGAAGGCUAUCUCUACAGCUCAGAUGUUUUUACCCCAGAAUGCAAAUUUAAGGAAUCUGUGUUUGAAAACUACUAUGUGAUUUAUUCUUCCACACUGUAUCGCCAGCAAGAAUCGGGCCGAGCAUGGUUUCUGGGACUCAAUAAAGAAGGUCAAAUUAUGAAGGGAAACAGAGUGAAGAAAACCAAGCCCUCUUCACAUUUUGUACCAAAACCUAUUGAAGUGUGUAUGUACAGAGAACCAUCACUACACGAAAUUGGAGAAAAACAAGGACGUUCAAGGAAAAGUUCUGGAACACCAACCAUGAAUGGAGGCAAAGUCGUGAAUCAAGAUUCAACAUAGCUGAGAACUCUUCCCUUCUUCCCUCUCUUAUCCCUUCCCUUACUCUUUCCUUCCCUUUCCCCAUGUCCUUCCAAUAAUCCACCCAAGGAGAGAAAAAUAAAAUGGCAAUGCAGGACCUAGUAGCUAAGAUUCUGCACUCAAAAUCUUCCUUUGUGUAAAAUGAGAAAAGUGAACCAAAGCUUGCCUGUUGCAAUGUGGUAGAAAAUUCACAUGCACAAAGAUUAGUAUACAUAAAAGCAAAGGAAAAAUAAAUCAGGACUCCAUAAACAUCAAACUGUGUUGUUCUUAAUAGAGGGCUACUUCAUAAACAACUACAAUAAAGAUGAAAAGAAGUUACCUAGAAGGAAAGGGUUUUUGAGACUUGAACUCUCAAACUGACGUUAGAUUCUAAAUGGCUUAAACUUUUGAUAAUGCUGUGAUAUGUGGUUUUGUUUGAUGUUGGGUUUUUUUGUUUGUUUGUUUUGGACAUCUAGAAUUGACACACAAUUACAUACUUUCUCUAAGAUUUUUUUUUUUAGCCAUGAAUUGAACAUGUGAAUUAUACUUUUUUAAUGCCUGUAAGGUGUAUAGCCAGGAACUACUUAACAUCAAGGAAAAUUUCAAAAAAUUACUCUUGAACCUAUUAAGAUUGUUUUUUUUUUUUUUUUUUGGCAAAAGAUUAAUCUUGCAUUGAAACUAAUGGUAUUAGUUGACUUAUAAAUUACUUUAUAAACAAGAGUUUCAAAUUCUCCUAAGAGAAUAUAUUUUUAUCAAAGGUAUUAAUACAAGAUAUUAUUUUAGUUUUUAGUCAUUUAGAAAACAUUCUUGUCCUAAUACU